UUUUCAUUUUUAUUUUAUUUCUCAUUUUUUAUUUUUUUUGUGAUCCAAAGGGUUCACUUUGCUGGCAUUGGUCCAUGCCCUGUUUUUGACCGCACACGACCGUCAACUCCAAUUCCCACUCCACAACAAAAACCUGCCGCUGCAGCCCCUUCGCAAACGAUCCAGUCGAUAUCUGAACAUGAAUGGGCCCCAGGCGAUUGCGACCGCUGCCGUGGUGGUGGCGGACAGUGAUGACGAGAGCGAGGAUGACGAGGCGCAUCAGCGGGAUAUGGCUGCAGAGAUUCAACAGGAGAAUCUGUUACAGAAUCAGGAAUCUACUCAUGGUACAAAUGGUUGUGGGCCGGUGGACUCUAGCAAUAAUGGAGGGGGCUGGCAGAGUCUUUUCUGUCGAUCGGCUGAGAGCGCUGUGCCGCAAUGGAGGGUCUGGGGAUCGGAGGCCCAUUGGUAUCGAAAGGGAGCGGACAAUGGAUCAAUCUUCGCCACGAUUUUGGUCCCCGUUGUGUUGGCGGCCAAGUUUGUACAGACGGUGAACGACGAAAAGUUCUUGUCCACAGGCGCACACGGGAUCCGCACGGCCGAGGCGGUGCUGUCGAACAUGGCAUUCUCGCUCAUUUUCGGGACAUCAAUUCUCUUGCACAUGCUGCUCUUGAAGGUGUUUGACCAGAUAGGGGCCGGAUCAAACCGUCUUCAUUACCCAUUUCAGCAACAACACCCACGUAAGGACCUUAUGGGCGCUGGAAGGAGUACCGUUCUGGAGAACGCCUUCAUGCCACCCAUCAUGACGACCCCUUCUGCGCCAUGGACCUCAAUGUCGAUGAACAACCUGAGCACGAUGACGAAUAACAGUUUAUACCCAAAGAAUACCUAUCCCUCGCAUCGCCAACAUCAGGCCAUCUCCUCUCCCUCCUCACCGGCUUCACCCUGGCUCUCUGCUGCGUCAUCCGCGCCUUCGUCAGUGACACAGACCGUGGAACAGCCACGGGAGAUCCAGGACACGUUCAUGUUUUCGACCGACCAACUUCACCACCCGAGUCUACUCAUGGGAUCCUCAGAGACGGAUAAGUCGAGUGAUCGGGAAGAGAUCUGGAUCAUUGCUUUCGGAUUCAAUGGCGUAUAUACCUGCCUUGUCACGCUCCUCGCACGGUUUAAAUGGAUUCCUGGACUGGAAAAUACGGGGGCCGGGAUGGUGAUGCUGAACCAGAACCUCUUUCAGAUUUUGAUGUUUGGAUUCGCGUACUUUUAUCGCCGGUCGUUCACGUUCGGGGAGCUGGUGAUCCUUGCCCAGGCUGUUACGUUGAUGAUCCAUGAGACGCUACUGAUGACCUUUGUGACCCCAUCACCGCCCGUCGGCGCUGUGCUGGAGCACCCGCAGUUCAUGUUCCUGUUGACGCUGGUGAUGGGCAUGUUGCUUGUGGGUGUGUUGCUGACGCCUGUACUGAUGUAUUGUCGACGACUGGCCCAGAUGCCAACCAAGGGUGCUAGCGCUACAGCCCUGCAGAAGCGCGAGCUCAAGAAGAAGAUCUCGGCCGGCGUAAUCUACACGGGACUGGUGGCGAUUGUGCUGGGGGUGAUCAUGCCGAGAUGUGAGCGUGCGUUGGGUCAGAACCCGUUCUUGUGGUUGAUUGAGUUUAUGCUGAUGACAAAGAUCUUUACGACAGCGCCGCAGGAGCUGGAACAGCCGGGUCAGUCGCCGGUUUCGUCAACGUCGUCGUUGUUGGCACCGAAUGUGUCGGAUGCAAAGUUUGGACUGGAGACGCUGAUGGGAGCGAGGAUCGGGUGGAGUCGGUUGGGGCUAUGUCUGUACUGGAUCCUGGCGGUGGGAUGCUCGAUCGCGUUCUUUUACUGGAUGAACGCGUCGAUCCGGAGGCGGUCGAUUAUGGGGUCAUUGAAUAACCGGAGAAAGUACUAUCAUGCCCUGGCAGUCCUGAUGUUCAUUCCCGGGUACCUCGCCGAUGAGCCUUUCAUGCAUAUUGCGUUCUCUGUUGGUCUUGCAACCCUGAUCUUCUUGGAGUACAUCCGGUACUUUGCGAUCGUACCGUUCGGCAAGGAGAUCCACCUGUUCCUCGUCGGGUUCUUGGAUGCGCGCGACGGUGGACCGAUUAUUCUCAGCCACCUGUACUUGCUUAUGGGAUGCGCGACCCCCGUCUGGUUGGCGGAACAGCAUAUCCUGGCAGGCCUUUCUGGAAUCUUUGCGCUGGGUGUCGGAGAUGCGAUGGCGUCGAUUGUUGGAAAGCGGUUCGGGAAACAUCGGUGGCCCGGGACGAUCAAGACGGUCGAGGGGACGGUUGCGUUUGUGGUGAGUGUGAUGAUGGCAGCGGGGGCUGUGUUUGUGGGGAUGUGGGUCAUGAGCUUUGUGUUUGGUGACACCUCGAUGUCCUCGGCUGUGUUGGGCUCCAAGACCGGGUCUGGUAGGACGGUGCCGCCGGCGUCGCUGUUGUCGUUCUCGACGUGGAAUGAUUGGUCGGCGGUGAGGUGGACGGUUUGGGGGGUGGUCCGGUAUGGGAUGGCUGUGUCUGCGGCGGCGAUGUUGGAGGCUGUGUCGGAACAGAACGACAACCUGGUAAUCCCGGUGAUUAUGCUGGCGAUGGUUUGGUUGAUUUAACAGCGAGAGUGAGAAUGAGAACGAGAAUGAGAAGGGAGGAGUGGAAACGGAUGCUGUUUUUGCGUAUGAAAAAACAAUAUACAAACAGAGACUUGGCCCAGCGUCUUUGUUCUUUCUUCUCUUCCCUUCUCUUCUCUUCUCCUCUUGCUGGGCUGUUUAUUGUAUGAUACGAACUAUUUUCUGGCACGAAUAAACGGUGUACUAUUAGAAAG